UUUUAAAUUAUUUGAUAGAAAUAGCUUUCCUUUUCCCCCAAAUUUUCUUUGUUUGAUGGUUUGUAGAUUUUGAAAAUGGAUUCACAGCCUUCCCCAUCGGGAAGGUCGUCGACGGUUGGUCGUACCUCUUCAUUUUCCGUCGCCGAUUCGGGUGGCCAAACGCUCUCUUCCGUCCUCAACAAUCCUCAUGCCGGAAAAUUGGAUGCUUCUUGGGGUGGUUGGUGGUCGGUAGCGCCGCCCGAAUUCGCCCCCUUAACGUCCAACAAAGCGACAUCUGACCUCGCCCGAUCCGAUUUCCAAUCAUAUGUUAGUUCCAUCUCUGAUUCUUACCAUCGAUUUGAGGACAUUCGGAAUCACAUCACCAAGGAACAAACAUUCGAUGUCGAUAACAUUGGGGAAGCCCUCGUAGCUUGUUUAAGGGAGGUACCUGCCCUUUAUUUUAAGGAAGAUUUCGCUCUCGAAGAUGGAGGUACCUUCCGAGCAGCCUGUCCAUUCAACGAUGUUUCUGAGAACAUUAUGCUUCAGGAGAAAUUGACCCAUUACUUGGACGUUGUGGAGCUCCAUUUGGUGAAGGAGAUUUCUUUGCGGUCCAAUUCUUUCUUCGAAGCGCAAGGGCAGUUGGAGGACUUGAAUGUUAAGAUUGUGGAAGGAUGCAACCGGAUUCGUGAUUUGAAGAAAACUAUACGGCUGAUUGACAGUGAUUUGGUUGACUCUGCUCGGCAGACGCAGGAGUUGAAUGCCAAUAGGACCAACCUGUUGGCUCUCCAACAUAAAUUGAAGCUUAUUCUAUCUGUAAACCAAGCGUUAUCGGCUCUUAAAUUGCUUGUUGCAUCUGCAGAGUGUGCUGGGGCUUUGGAUAUUAUCGAUGAUCUGCAACACUUACUGGAUGGGAAUGAUCUUACAGGUUUACAUUGCUUUCGUCACCUUCGAGAUCAUGUAGUUGCUUCUAUAGAUUCCAUAAACAGUAUUCUUUCCGCAGAAUUUAUGCGUGCUUCAAUACAUGAUGCUGGGGAUAAAGAUGCAGUUAUAUUGUUGAAAGCAAAAGCCAGGGCAUCCAUUUCCUUGAAUGGAGAGGAUGUUGGACAGGUUAAGUUGGAUGAGGAAGAAACCACAAAUUUUCGAGAUCGUCUUCUGCCUCUUAUCAUUGGUUUGCUUCGAACUGCCAAGCUCCCAUUUGUCCUAAGGAAUUAUCGUGAUACACUCACUGCUGAUAUGAAAACUGCUAUUAAGACUGCUGUUGCGGAGCUGCUUCCGGUUCUUGUGGGCCAACCUCUGGAGUCUGAUAUGUGCACAGAGCGCACUGUGGAUGCAGAUGGUGGAGGCUUAUCCCUUGCAAGCAAAUUGAGGAGUUUGUCAUCUGGAAGCAUUGUCCAACUUCUGACUGCUAUUUUCAAGAUUGUACAGGCACAUUUAGUCCGGGCAGCUGAAGUGAAAAAGGCCAUUGAGUGGAUAAUGUGCAACCUUGAUGGCCAUUAUGCUGCUGAUUCAGUCGCUGCUGCAAUUGCCCUUGGUGCUAUGGCUGCAGAAUCUUCUCAAGAGAGUAAUGGUCAAGGUUCUUCACUUCCUCCAAAUGCAUCUUUAAGGAGUACCUCCAAUCCUUUCAUCCCAGGGAAAGGAAAUGAUGCACCAAGCCCCUCUAAUUUGUCAAAGAAUUUCAGGGCUGAUGUUUUAAGAGAAAAUGCUGAAGCAGUCUUCGCAGCUUGUGAUGCUGCUCAUGGAAGGUGGGCAAAGUUGCUUGGGGUUCGUGCUCUUCUUCAUCCUAAACUGAGAUUGCAAGACUUUUUGAGCAUAUAUAAUAUCACUCAGGAGUUUAUAACUUCUACAGAGAAGAUUGGUGGAAGGUUGGGAUAUAGCAUAAGGGGAACACUGCAGUCACAGGCUAAAUCCUUCGUUGAUUUUCAACAUGAAUCUCGAAUGACGAAAAUAAGAGCGGUGCUUGACCAAGAGACAUGGGUAGAAGUAGAUGUUCCUGAUGAGUUUCAGGCAAUUGUCUCUUCGCUGUUUGAUUCUGAAGCGAUAGUUUCUGGAAGCACGGAUAAUGGUGAAAGUAAUAUGACAGAAAUAUACAGUAAUGAGGGUUCACAAGUGGCUGAAGCUGGAUCACGUGGUUCUGUGGAGCAGAAUGAUUCUAGUGGUACAGCUGCGGCAAAUGCAGCCCAAGGGAAGACUGAGGUGACUGAGAGGAAGAAAUCUGAUGCCGUAACAUCAUCUCAGAGUAACAGCUGUAAUACAAAGGAACGUGGAAAAAAUGCUACACAAACACUUGAAUAUGGUGGUGUUAGUUAUCAUAUGGUAAACUGUGGCUUAAUAUUGCUGAAGAUGCUGUCAGAAUACAUUGACAUGAAUCAUCUUUUGCCAGCACUAUCCUUGGAGGUGGUUCAUCGCGUUGCAGAGAUUUUAAAAUUUUUCAACACAAGAACUUGCCAACUUGUUCUAGGUGCUGGAGCCAUGCAGGUUUCUGGUUUGAAGUCCAUUAAUUCUAAACACUUGGCCUUGGCAAGUCAAGUCAUUAGUUUCACAUAUGCCAUUAUUCCUGAAUUGAAGCAAAUCCUGUUCCUGAAAGUUCCUGAACCUCGGAAAUCACUGUUGCUGUUGGAGUUUGAUCGAGUUGCACAGGAUUAUAGAGUUCACCGGGAUGAAAUACAUACAAAGCUUGUUCAAAUAAUGAGAGAGAGGUUGUUGGUUCAUCUGCGUGGACUACCCCAGAUUGUUGAGAGCUGGAAUAGGCCAGAGGAUGCUGACCUACAGCCCAGUCAAUUUGUCAAGUCCCUUACUAAGGAAGUUGGGAUCCUCCAACGUGUUCUAUCUCGAACAUUGCAUGAAGUAGAUGUUCAAGAAAUUUUCAGGCAAGUUGUUGUAGUCUUCCAUUCACAAAUUUCGGAAGCGUUUUCACGCUUAGAAAUCAGCACACCUCAGGCAAAAGAUAGAUUGCAUCGUGAUGUUACACACAUUCUUGGAUGCAUUCGGUCUUUGCCGUGUGAUAAUUCAAAUAAUUCUGUUACACCAAACUGGGGUCAACUAGAUGAGUUCUUAGCACAAAGGUUUGGGGCUGAAUCCGGUUGAGAUUUGUUUUGUACAGUAAGACACCCAGAUUUGAAAGGACUUUAUCAGAGACCAAUCCUCAGCCUAUGCAAAUUGUUUUGUAGAAUUAAAUUGAGGCAAGGAAUCUAUGAAUCUCCCUCUAGAUUUGGUUGUCGAAAGUUUUGUUACGCUAGACAAUCGAAAUAUUAUAAAACUAAUUCGAAUGAGCCAAAAUUGUCAAACCUUUGAACCCUUUCACCAUUGUUUGUGGAAAUGUGUACUACAUAGAUUCAAGGCAAAUAGUGUGUUUCUUAAAGGCAAGAUAUG